AUGUUUCAACACUCUACAACCUUGGUGGUUGGCCUUUUGGCACAACUCGCAGCCUGCAAACACGGCCAUGUAUCAAUGGAUCACGCUAUCUUCGCUCCCAGAGCAGACAAUCAAACCUUGGGCUACCGCAAUCCUUCUUUGUCAGUCGCAGAUAGAGUCGGGGAUCUCCUCUCACGGAUGACACUGGAAGAAAAGGCCGGUCAAAUGUUUCAGGAUUCAAUAGCGAUCGGAACAAACUACACUUUAAGUGAGAAAACACCUCCUGGCUACCCGAUCGACCUCAACAGCACGGAGAACAUGGUCGGUGAGAAACACAUGACACACUUUAAUCUUUUGUCGCCAAUCGAUAACGCGGGAAAGGUCGCCGGAUGGUACAACCUACUCCAGCAACGAGCCCUGGACACGAGGCUGGGCAUCCCAAUCUCUCUCUCGUCUGACCCCCGCCACCACGAAGCCGACACCUUUGGGGCCUCCAUCAGCCCUGGAGUCUUCUCACAAUGGCCGGAGUCACUUGGUCUGGCGGCCUUGCGUGAUCCGGAGCUGGUGGAAACAUUUGCUGAUAUCGCGAGACAAGAAUAUCUCGCCGUCGGUCUUCGAAGCUCGCUCCAUCCUCAGGUUGAUCUCGCAACAGAACCCAGAUGGGCCCGUAUCUUCAGCGUCUGGGGAGAAGAGGCAAACUUGACAGCUGAAUUGAUUGUUGCCUACAUCAAGGGCUUCCAAGGCGAGGAGUUUGGGCCAUCCUCGGUCAGUACGGUGACCAAGCAUUUCCCCGGGGGUGGUCCAGUCGAGAACGGCGAGGACUCUCACUUUGUCUAUGGCAAGAACCAAACCUAUCCUGGAAACAACUUUAACUAUCACCUAAUCCCAUUCAAGGCGGCCCUCAAGGCCGGUGCGAGGCAGAUGAUGCCAUAUUACUCGCGGCCGAUCGGGACAGAGUACGAAGAAGUGGGUUUCGGAUUCAACAAGGGGAUUAUCACGGACCUGUUGCAAAAUGAGCUCGGGUUUGAGGGCAUCGUGUUGACUGACUGGACUCUCUUGUCGGACAGAAUACUGUUCGGCCUUCCGUUUCCCGCUCGUGCGUGGGGGAUGGAGGAUAAGACGGAGCACGAGAGAGUGCUCAAGAUCAUCGAAGCCGGGUGCGAUCAGCUUGGCGGCGAGAACCGGCCUGAGCUGCUCGUCGACCUGGUGAACCAGGGACUCGUACCAGAAACACGCCUCGAUCACUCGGUUCGUAAACUGCUCAAGGAAAAGUUCCUCCUUGGCUUGUUUGACAACCCAUUUCUCGACACUGAGGCUGCCGACAAAGUGGUAGGCAGUCCAGAGUUUCAGCGCAUCGCCGAUGAAACACAGCGCAAGUCUUUUACUCUUUUGUCCAACAAGAAUGACGUCCUCCCGAUACAGAAAGAAGGCUCUGGUUCAGCUGUCUAUAUUGAGGGUCUGAACCAGACGACUGUGGAAGCGAGGGGCUUCAAGGUAGUGGCAACCCCCGAGGAGGCCGACUGGGCGUUCCUCCGACUUGCUGCGCCUUUCGAGGUUAGAAAUGGGACUCUUUCCGAGUACAUGGGCUUCCAGCAAGGUAGUCUUGAAUUCAAGGCUGCUGAGAGGACGCGGCAAGCUGCCAUUUACGACGCUGUCCCGACUAUUGUUGACAUCAAGCUCGACCGUCCCGUGGCGAUACCAGAAGUUGUCGAGAAGGCCGCAGCUGUAUUUGGAACUUUUGGAGCCAGCGGCGACGCGUUCUUAGAUAUAGUACUAGGUAAAGCCGAGCCUCUUGGGAAACUCCCGUUUGACCUUCCUCGCUCUGACAAGGCGGUUGAGGCACAAAAGGAGGAUGUACCUUUUGACACUGAAAACCCUUUAUUCAAAUUUGGUCACGGCUUGCGAUACAGCAAGGCUUGA